AGCAUAUUAUUUCAAGCAGUAACUAUAUAACAGUUGUGCUUGAAAAGUGUUGACUACAAGAUGCUAUCCAAACAUAAUAAAUAUUAUAUAACUAAUGAAGUUGAAAGGAAGGAGCAAGAAGUAGUAAACUUCGAUGAAUUCCCCCCAGAAGUUUUAAUCAAACAUCCACUUCAACAUACAUGGACUCUUUGGUAUUAUGAACCAGAUAGAAAUAAAACAUGGGAAGAAAGUCAAAGAAAAGUUACAAGUUUUGAUACAGCUGAAGAUUUCUGGAGUUUAUAUAAUCAUAUAAAGGCAGCAUCAGAAUUAAAACAAGGUUGUGACUAUAGCAUGUUCAAACAAGGAAUCCGACCCAUGUGGGAAGAUAAUGCCAAUAAAUGUGGUGGAAGAUGGCUUAUAAAUUUAGAUAAAAAGCAAAGAAAUACAGAUUUAGAUCACUUUUGGUUAGAAACUCUUUUAUGUAUGAUUGGUGAAGCAUUUAAUGGAUAUUCAGAUGAUAUUUGUGGGGCUGUUGUAAAUGUAAGGCAAAAAGGAGAUAAAAUUGGUGUAUGGACUGCAAAUGCUAAUAGUGAAGAUAGUGUUAUGGAAAUUGGACGUAAAUUAAGAGAAAGAUUAAAAAUUGCAUCCAAAGUUACUAUAGGCUAUCAAAUACAUAAAGAUGUUAUGGUCAAAGUAGGAAGUCAAACAAAGAAUGCUUAUGUUGUUUAAAUCUUAUUAAUGUUAUUAUCACUAUUCAUUAAAAAUUUUUCAAAUAACAUUAUGCAUACAUUAUUAAUGUGGAUAUUACACAAAAUUUAGAUUACUAAACAAAAUAAAUGAGACAAAAAUUUAAUAACAAAUGAUUAAAACCUACAUAUUUUUAUUAAAAUUAAAUAUUUUCUUAAUAAAAAUUAUUCAACAAUAAAUAAUAAGUGUAUACAAGUACAAAUGUAUACAAUAGAUAUAAAAAUUCAUAUCAAUAUCAUACAUAAUUUAAAAAUAGAUUAUAAAGUAUACACAUUAGGCUGCUGUAUUUAAAAUAUAGCUAAAAUAUCAAUUGCAAUUUCUAUUAUGAUAUUUAUUCAAACAAUUUUUUUAUAUAUAUUGUUUUCAUUCCUUAUAAGUCACAAAGACUGCUAAAUAAUGUUUUUUUUAAGAAACCUAUAAAUUAGGUUUACCAGUUUUAAAUCAUUUCAAUCAAUAACAAAAUACAGCAAUCUAUUUCACUUUAAGAUAGCAUAAUAAUAUUUAAUGUUUUCAUAAUUAUUUGGAAAAUGAUUAUAUUUAAGUUUUUCUUACAAAUAUAUUGAAAAAAUUAAUAUUUAUUUUUUAUUAUUUUUUAUUUUUAAUUUCCUUUAAAUUAUUAACUAUUUGAUUCUAAUAUUAAUUUCUCAGAAAGUUCCUUAAGAUCUUUGCGUCUUGCUUUUUCUAAAGCAUGUAUUAAAUUUAUUUUCCAAUUAUUGUCACUAUAUUGGGUUAUGUAUAAUUUCAAAGCCUACAAAUUAUUUAUGUUACUAUAUGUAAAGAAUUAUAUUUGAAAUAAAUCCAUUUUAAUUGUA